ACCAGUCCCCUAUCUGCGCAACAUGGCUGAUCUACUGUGAAAGUGUGUUCUUUGUUAUCAGAAGCUACGUUUCUCGCCAAAUUUUUUGACGUUACAGUCAUGGCUGUUAGAAAAAAGGAUGGUGGAACAAACUGGAAAUACUACGAAGCAUUGGAUACCAUCGAGCUAUUCGAUCCUGUGCGGCUUCAUCUCAUCAAAAAUUACAAAAAGUAUGUACAGGCAGAUCCACCAACAAACAAAAGCCUUGCUACUUUGACUGGACAGCUUGUGCAAUUUCAAGAGGAAGCAUUUGGCAAAAAUGUAAGCAAACCAGCUUUAACAAGAUUACCAAUGAAGCAGUUUUUAGAUUAUUCAUCUGGUGGAUCACUUUGUCAUAUAAUUGGUGCAUGUUACAAGUUCAAAGUUGAUCAGGGAUGGAGAAGAUUUGACUUUCAAUCACCUUCAAGAAUGGAUAGAAAUGUUGAGCUGUGUUUGACUAUAGAAAAAACUCUUAGAGAGAACAAACUGCUUGAACGACCAAAAGUUUUCAUUAUAAAUGAAAUGGAUUCCAAGCAAUCUUCAAAAUUAAGAGAUAUAGUUAAGAGACAUCAGGGAACAUUAGUAGACAGCAAAGAAAAAGCAACACAUAUUAUACAUCCAGCACCAUCAUUGACUGCAGAAGAGGAGUGGCUACGUCCGUUGGUGAAAAGAGACAAACAAGUUUUGGUUCAUUGGUGGUACCAUCCUGAUAGUUACGAUUCUUGGGUACCCAUAUCUGAAGUAUCACAAGAACCCGAGCCAACUCCUGAAAGAUCCAAGCCUUGGGAGUUGCAUGCAAGAUGGCUGUCAGAUUUAGAUUUAUUUAAUGAAUGGAUGAACGAAGAAGACUAUGAAAUAGAGACACCAGAUCAAGGUAAGGUUCAACUUUAUUCGCGGACAAACGCCACAAAAAGAUUUCUGGUAAUGUUUUCAACUAAUUUGUUUUAUCUCUAUACAAAAUGCUUUAUUUGUCGUGUUUCAGGAAAAACGCGCCGAAAAUGCUUGAAAGGAAAACCGAACGCGGAAGAGGUCAACAAUGAUGAAAAGAAGAAGGAACUUCGAAAACGCAAAGCUUCGCCUUCUCCAUCACCGGAGCAAGGAAAAAGGAAAAAGAAAGGCCCAAAGAAGAAAGACGAUGAAAAACCUGAAAGAGAUGAGGAUCAUGAUGAUGCCACAAAUGAACUACCGGAACCCGAAGCUGUCCCAAAUGUGACGAAAGAAGAAAUGGAUAGUGGCCUGGUGGCAAACAUCAACAAGCAAAAUACUCUGGAAGACAUUUCAAGUAAUACACCGAGUAAAGGCACCAAAGACCAAGAUCAGGAGAUGGCUGCUGCGUCACCUGCCCCGUCACAGGAUGGCAAGGACAGCAAAAAGCUGAACGAGACUGUAAACAGAGAGCCUGAGGUGCCACAUGACGACAACCUGCCUGAACAAACAAGACACAUUAUCAUUCCAAGUUAUGCUGCCUGGUUCGAUUACAGCAGUAUACACGCAAUUGAGCGGAGAGCAUUACCUGAGUUUUUCAAUGGAAAAAACAAAUCGAAGACUCCUGAAAUAUAUUUCGCAUCGAGAAAUUUUAUGAUUGAUACCUAUCGCCUGAACCCAACCGAAUACUUUACGGCGACAGCUGCAAGGAGGAACCUUGCCGGUGAUGUUUGUGCCAUUGUUAGGGUGCAUGCAUUCUUGGAGCAAUGGGGCCUUAUAAAUUAUCAAGUAGAUGCAGACAACAGGCCGCUGCCAAUGGGACCUCCUCCGACUUCUCAUUUUCAUGUCCUAUGCGACACGCCAUCCGGUCUACAGCCUUUGAGUGGAUCAAAGCCUCCUAUUUCGGCUGCUCAGCAAUUAAUAAACUUAGCUGAUAAAGACAGUAAUGGCACUAAAGUACAAGAUGGGAACAACUUCGGCCUGAGAACUGAUGUUUACUUGACCAAGAAAAAUCUUAAAAGCAAAUCAGCCGCUUACAAAGAAUGGAUGGACCAAGAAACGCUGUUGCUUUUAGAGGGCCUCGAGUUGUACAAAGACGACUGGAACAAAGUAGCAGAGCACGUUGGGAGCCGAACGCAAGACGAAUGCAUCUUGCACUUUUUACGUCUUCCCAUUGAAGAUCCAUACGUCGAAGAGGGCUCCAGUUUCCUUGGCCCGUUAUCGUAUCAGCCAAUUCCGUUUAGUCAAGCUGGCAAUCCUAUCAUGUCAACAGUGGCAUUUCUUGCCUCUGUCGUCGACCCAAGGGUUGCUAGUGCCGCUGCGAAGGCUGCUAUUGAAGAGUUCAGUCGCCUAAAAGAAGAGAUUCCAAGUAGCUUGAUCGACGCACACCUCACGAAAGGAAAGAAGCCCAUUGAAAAUGGUGAAAAUGCACCAGAAACAGCUGAAACUACGUCAGAAGACAGCAAAAAGAAGAAAGAUGAAGACUCAAAAACUACAAGUGAUUCCAGCAAAGAGGGCGGAGAGACUGUGACAAAUGGGGUUGACCAUCCAGAAGAAAGUGCCGUUAAAAAUGAGGAUAAGGAUGAAGAGAUGCCAAAUGAAGACGAGAAAGAAAAAGAAGAGAAAAAACCUAAAGAAAUAUCUCCAGAGCUAGCGAAAAGGUCGGAAGAAUUGUUACAGAAGAGAGAUGAACUGAAAGAUGGAAACAUCAAGACAGCAGCUUCGGUUGCGCUGAGUUCGGCCGCUGUAAAGGCGAAGCACCUUGCACAAGUAGAGGAACGCAAAAUCAAGAGUUUGGUUGCACUGCUGGUCGAGACACAAAUGAAAAAGCUAGAAAUUAAACUGCGCCAUUUUGAAGAACUUGAAACGAUAAUGGAAAGAGAACGAGAGCUGCUUGAACAGCAGAGGCAGCAAUUGCUCGCCGAAAGACAACAGUUCUUCAUGGAACAAAUUCAAAUGUCAGAAACAUCGGCAAAAAACGCAGAAAAGUCAGUAAGCCACCCCCAAGCACCAGCUGCUGUCCUCACGAACGCCCCGGCUGCGACGUCUUCUACGUGGGACUCAACAGCCUUGCAGACCCAAAAGCCUGCCUCGGAACCCGUAGGACUUAAACCAGCUACUGAGAAGGAGGAAUCAAGAGACUCGUUGCCCGUGGCAUCUGUAGCAUCCUCCAAGAGCACGCCUACGUCACUCAGUUCUCCGUUUUCAGCUCCUGAUAAAGUUUCAGAACCCGUGACAUCACAACCACAAUCACAACAACAGGCUCAGUCGCAACAACAGCAACAGCUCCAGCAUCACCAACAACAACAGCAGGCUCAACAACAACAGCUUUCAAAAUCGCAGGAAUCAAUGAUGCCUAACCCUGCAAUAUCGCAAACGAACCCCAUGUUCCAAAGUGGCGGGGGAGUCACAGACCAACCACCUAACUUGAUGCCACAGGAAGCAAAACCGCCUUCUUCUAACCCUGUGCAAAUGCAGCAGUUCCCACCUGGCGUCCCAAAUAUGGGAGGGCCACAGCGGCUGCCUCAACAGCGGAGACCCCCAAUGCAAUCCCAGGGGUAUCCUAAUCCUAAUCAGAUGGUCCCAGGCCCAAUGUCGGGUGGUUUGUCUGUUGCACCAGGGACCUCAGCGCAAUAUUCAUAUGCCAGUGGCUUUCAGAAUCAACAAAUGGGUAUGAUGUCACAGGGUAUGCAACCCCCAGCCUACCCAAACCAAAACAAUCCGAUGAUGCAAGCAGGUAUGAACAUGAUGCAGCAAGGUGGACCACCAAUGAACAUGGGACCCGGACAGUAUCAGCAUGGUCAAUACGGGCCUUCCUUUCCCCAGAUGUAAAAAUAUAUAUAUAAUUGACAUUGCCAUAAUAAUUGUUCUCAACUCUUUAUCUUUAGAUCAUAGUCUAAAACGUAGUGCUAGCAAGACAUUGUUGACUAACAGGUAAGAUUAUAAUCAAAAGUAACUUUUUCUA